CACUGAGCAACGUGUCACAGCUUCGACCGCGCCCACAAAGACUGGCGCUUCGGGCCGAGCCAUGAACGAGCUGCAAGCCAAGCUGAACAAGCGCCGCUCCGUGGUGGAGGAGAGCGGUUUGAAGUUUGAGAGCGAGCCCGCCGCGCACCCGCAGGGUGUCACUGUCACCCACGCGCCGGCAUCGCCAUAUCGAACUUAUGCCGCGCCGCCAGCUGUCAACCACUCAGGAGGGGGCGACUUCCUGGCGGCCAUCAACCGGCGCAGAGCCACAGUCGACGGAGACGGCGAGACCUUCGAGAGCACUCCUUCGGUAAAGACUGCCGAUGCCGCCGCAAGCACGCCGGUGGGUGUGAGCCCGGCAGGCCACAAGGCACGCCAUGGCAUGGCGGACUUCAGAACAGCCAUUGACCAGCAACGUGCCAAAGUGGACGGGGGAGCUGACAACUGGGAAAGCAAGCCGGCCCAGCGGACAGCCGACUGUGCAUCGAGCUUGCGCAGUGAGACCAUGCAGUCGGGCGUGGAAGCGAAGCCGAGGAUGGAAGACAAGUCCAUGGAGGAAGCGCAGAUAAAGGAGAGCACUGAGGAGCCCACCGAUGAGCCAGCAGACCACGAUGUGCAGGAUGACCUUCAAGAUGACCAGGAUGACCAAGACGAUGAGCUGGAGAGCCCUUCCCACGGCAAGGAGGCCGUGCCGGUGAGAACGACCCUCACUGCUGCACGUGGGCGGGUCUCUUGGCUCAUCCGCCUGGGGCAGCAGCUGGAGGAGGAGUACGUGACAGACUUCGCUCUCAGCAGCUUUCAGCCGGUGCAACUCCGUCUCCAACCCAGCGAGCAAGGCUGCCGACUUUCGCUCCACGCGCCAGAAGGUGCUUCAGAUGCAUUGGAGGUGAAGCUUUUCGUUGGCAAAGGCUGGAAGAAGAAAGGCUUCAGGACUUGGAGGACCACCAGUCCCUUGGUGGAGGACUUCGCCACAGACCUGACGCAUCGCAGCUCCGUGCUGUGUGGUGCUAUCUUCAAGGAGGAAGCCUGGCUGGAGAAAUAGUGGCCAUCGGUCGCUCUGAGUCAUGCAUGGUUUAGAAGGAUAGUUGUUUGACUAGCCAAGUUUGCAGGCAAAAAUUGCACGGCUUCAGCGCGGAGUGACUUCUGCACCGCGCGAAGCACGCAGAAUGUUUCAAUGGCAUGCGACAUGCGGAUAGGUUUUUUGUCUCAAUCCUAGCACCAUGCGCGGAGAUCUUUGCAUGACUGUCUCAUGGCGCGUGUCCUGGAUAGGUUUCUUGGACAGCCCGGCCAGGGCGUCUAAGAGCGGAAAUGCGCCCAUUUUUUCCGCAAUCAGAUUUGCUCACGCACCUCUUGGCGCUUUCUGGCAAGCAAGCCACAUGGCUAGGGCAAGAGCCCCUGUAGCCUCGGCCAUGGAGAGUUCUGAUCCAGGCCAGU